AUGCCGCUGCUUCUGCUGCGGCUGAAUGAUGUGAACGUGCAUGCGACUGCAGCUGCUGCUGCUGCUGCUGCUGCUGAGCGUGGCUGUGCUUCUCCUGCGGCUGCUGGGUUGUUGCUGCAGCUUCCAGCCGUUUUAGAAACAGCAGCAAAUCGUCUUGUUGCUUUUGGAGUCCCCACAGAAUGGCCUCGGGGUGUAUCUGCACGUUUAGCAGCAUGUUGGGGCAGCAGCAGGGGUUUUUGCUGCUCCGGCGACCACCACCACAGCAGCAGCAGCAGCAGCAGCUGCGACAGCAGCAGCGGCCCAGCAACAGCAGCAGCAGCAGCAGCGCGCGAAUGCGACGUGGCGCUGCUGGGGCUGGGCGGGGGCGGCUACGACCAAAAUAGAGCAGCAGCAGCAGCAGCAGCAGCACCGGCAUCAGUGGGAGCAACAGAGGGCGCCGUUGCUGCUGCUGCUGCUGCUGCGGAACAAGGCCUUCCUGAGCUGCUGCAGGUAUCCCUUUGUCUUGUUCGGAGACAAGAAAUUCUUACGGAAGAAGAUGCAGGGGAUCCUUUUGAAGAACUUGCUGCUACCCGCUGCAGCAGCGGGCAGGUCAGGCCACGCGCGUUUGCUGCAGCCGUCCGCCCCCAGCAGCAGCAGGUGCAGCAGCAUCAGCCCUCUGCUUGCGCCGCAAGGGCCUCCAAACAGCAGCAGCAGCAGCAGCAGCAGCAGGCCCUGCCCGGACUGCAGCAGCAGCUUGAGGGAGAGUCGCCACGGGCUGCGUUUUGCGGAGCUGUCGAGGGGUGCUGCUGCUAG